AUGCACAUUGAUAGUAACACAGCUAACCAUCUUGGUCUGAUUGCAAUGGAACUAAGAACAACCAAAUUAAAGUUGGAGAAAAGUGAACAGAAGUUGGAGAAUUCUGAACAGACUUUAAAGGAAACUGAACAGAAGUUGGCAGGUACAGAAAGUAGACUGUCAGAGGUGGAAUCACAGUUGUGUGAAGAAUUAAUCAGAAGGAAAUAUUCUCUUCCACCUGUUUUAACUGCUAGCAAGUUUGUGCACAAAUGGAGAAUAGAGAACUGGUCUGAGAAAGUCAUACAAGCAAAAUUAAAGAAACCAGGUAAAAAUUUGAUUGAGAGCAGUCCAUUCUAUGUAUACCCUGGCUAUCAUCUGCAUCUUGGAGUCUUUCCAGUUAAAGAUAUUGACAAUACUUUUGAGAACUAUGUUGGUGUUUAUCUGUUUCCAAGUCUUGGAGAGUUUGAUGAGAGGCUUGUUUGGCCUUUUCCAUUUUCGUUUGAUCUUGCAAUUAUUGAUCAACAACUAACAGGAAAGAAUGUUGUUCAUCGGUUUUCACCUCCCUACAAGAAUGCAUUGAAUCUUGGAAUCGGAACCGAGGGAUGGGGUAAGCCAAGGUUUGUCUCUCACAAACGUUUAGAGUCUUAUCACUACAUUAAGGACGACUCUAUUGUUUGUAAACUGACUAUUCAUAUGAAGAAUUAG